GCAUCAGUGCGCGCCCAGUGCUCAGCCGCAGCAGAUCGUGAAUGUGAACGGAUAUAUAUAACAUAUAUCUAUACAGUUGAACAGUGUGCAUCCCCAUGUCUGGGAGAUAGAGCAGAAAAGCGCACAAAUAUUUGCACAUCCCAAAAGGGGAACAAGACCUCCUGUCCCCGUACACGUGCUGCAUCGUCUGCGGCCGGGAUCUGAAAAGUAAAAACUCCGACUCCGGUUCCGUCUCCACUUUUUACUCGAACUCCAAUCAGGAGCCGUUUCGUCUAGUUUUUUUUUCGUAUUUUUUGCCCGAGCUCCACGUCCUUCAUCUUGCCACCAUGCAUUCGCCGGCUGCCAAAGUGUCGGGCUACGUCGUCCUGAUGAUUGUGCAAAUAAUCUUCCUGGUUCUAUUCUGGCUGUUCGUGCGUUACGAAAAGACGGCGCUGCCCCUGGCAAUCGACGCCGAAGACGCUGGAUCAGCAAACGAACACGUUUCCAAAUAUCCGCAGUUCCAGGACAUCCAGGUGAUGAUCUUCAUUGGCUUUGGCUUCCUAAUGACCUUCCUGCGGAAGUACGGAUACAGUGCCACCGGAUUCACCCUGUUCAUGGCUGCUCUAGUAGUGCAAUGGGCUGUGCUCAUGAAGGGAUUCCUCCACAUGGAGGGCGGCAAGAUCAGCCUCUCCCUGGAGAACAUCAUUGAUGCGGAUAUAGCCGCCGCGGUGCCCCUGAUAAGCAUGGGCGCUCUGCUCGGCAGAACCACGCCCAUCCAACUCCUGUGCAUGUCCGUUUUUGAGGUGGCUCUUUUCGCGGCCAAUGAGUAUCUGGCUCUUCAUGUGUUCAGUAUCUGCGACUGCGGCGGCUCUAUCACUGUCCAUGCUUUUGGAGCCUACUUUGGACUGGCUGUUGCCCUGAUGCUGAGACCCGCCAGCGACCAGAACGAAACGGGAAAGCUAGAGGGCGCCAGCUAUACGUCGGACAUCUUCGCCAUGAUCGGCACCACCUUCCUGUGGGUGUACUGGCCCAGCUUUAACUCCGUUCUGGCCGACGGAGCCGGCGGCGAGCGGGCCAUUUUGAACACGUUCCUGUCAUUAGCCGCGGCAACAGUGACCACCUUCGUUGUAUCCGCGCUUGUCAGCCACGAGAAUAAAUUGGACAUGGUGCACGUGCAGAACUCGACCCUCGCCGGCGGAGUUGCCGUGGGCACGGUGUGCAACUUGCUGCUCGGCGCCCACGGAGCUGUCUUAAUUGGCAUUAUCGCCGGCACGGUCUCGGUGCUCGGCUAUCGCUAUUUAACACCCUGGAUGACGGCCAAUCUGAGGCUGCACGACACCUGUGGCGUGCACAACCUGCACGGAAUGCCUGCCCUGAUUUCGGCCAUUGCCUCCGCCAUUUACGCCUCGAUGGCCACCGUGGGCGAGUACCAAUCCGAGCUGCAGGACAUUUUCCCGGCCAUGGUGGGCACCAACGGAACCGAGACCAAAAUCAUGGGCGGUCUUGGCCGGAACGCUACUUCGCAGGCGGGCUACCAAUUGUUUGGCAUCGCUGUCACACUGCUCAUUGCCAUCGGAGGUGGUAUUUUGACAGGUGCCGUUUUGAAGUACACCAACUUCCGGAACCUGAAGAAGGACGAACAUCACCAGGACGAGCACUACUGGGAAGUUCCGGCUGCCGAGAACAAGGAGGAAUAUGAACUAGAAAAAGUUGACGAGCUUUUGCUUUAAGCCAAGUAAGCCAAAACUAAUGCCAAGCCAAAACACCCAGAUAAAUGCACCAAUGUGCAGAGAGCGCCCAGGACGAUGGGAUGUGGACAAUCCUUUUGUUGCGUUGUCCUUGCCUGCUUCGCUUAAUUUUUGUAGACAUUUGUCGCAUUUCAUUAAAAACUCCAACAAUUUACACAUUUAAUUAGCGUCGAGCACCAAAAAAACAGUAAUGCCAAAAUAAAAAGAAACAAAAAAAGUAUUAGCAAUAAAAAUAUUUUAAAUGUGACACUCUGCCCUUCUCCAACUCCUCCAACUCUUUUGUACACUUCGCAUGCCGGGCGCAAUUUUUAAUGGAAUUAAAAUCAUACACAUAAAAUCCAACAACGAACGUUGGCGCAAAAAGUUUAAAUAUGCUCGCCAAACUUUUGGAUGACGAUGCCGCCGCCACCAACUCGAAUUCCCAGUCUGCCGCCAACUUUAAUUGGCGCCCAUUUCUGUUGCGCAACUGGAAUGCAAUUGUCCCCGCCAACAAUUUGUAUGUGCGCGGCGCUCUGCACUAGGAGCUCUGUCCUCUGCACUCCGCUUAUUAAGUGGCCCAGGACAAAGUGCUGGCUAAUUAGGCGACUUUUGGCCAAGACACCAGGACACCUUCGCCGCCGCCCAGACGCCGUGACGCCCCAGCGAUCCCAUCCAAUCCGAUCCAGUUAGCUUUCUUAGCUUUUCCAGCUUUCUCGGCCGCACAGCUCAGCCGGCGAUUAGCUCACCUGGCGCCGAAGGCCACUAAUCGCCAGACAAAGACGGAGCAGGAAUAAUGUCUUUCAAACGACUCACAGUUUCGCCCACCAGCGGACAACUGGCCGAUAAGCUGGCGGCCAACUACUUAAGUUGGCUUUGUCACACCCCACGGACGCACAAACAAAGCCCAAAAGGCAAACAAUUACCGGCGACAGUUCAACAAGUUUCAAUAAAAAUUGUCAGCCAACGUCUUGGCCUUCUGCGCUUUGAUUUGGACUCAUUUACAGCGGCGAAGAUUAGUUAGUAAGAUUGUAUGGCUAUUGGAACGGUUCUCGUUUUGAAAUUCAGCG